AUGAGGUAUAUUAGGUAUAAUAAUGUUGAUGCUUUUUACAGAAAAAAAAGAUGCUUUUGUACGUAUCGCACACCAAUGAUACCUGGUAUCAAUAGUUAUGGAAGAGGUAUUGACCUUCUAACGUUCUUCAUACAUUGGAGACAUCACGACGAAAAGCACCAGAACAUUUUGAACUCCAUGUGGCUGAUCUCCAUCACAUUCCUAUCAGUUGGAUACGGAGACAUCGUCCCCAACACUUACUGUGGGAGGGGCAUAUCCGUGCUGUCCGGUGUCAUGCUUCAACAACAGCAGCCUCAACAAGCACAACUGCAACAAUUUCAACCACAACAGCUACAACAGCUGCAACAACCACAACUGCAACAACUACAACCACAACAACUACAACCACAACAACAACCACAACUGCAACAACAAGAACAACGACAACAGCAGCAGCAACAGCAAAAGAAACAACACCAACAACAACUCGCCUAUCAAAUACUGCAGCCUAUCGUACUGCAACUAUCACCUCAAACACUACAAAACCAACAAGAGCAACAAAAUUUUCAAACGCAGCCACAACCACUUGCAAUGCAGCAGCAGCAAUUGAAGCAACUACAUCAGCCACAACAAAUGCCGACAUUUACCGUCAAUGAUGAAGAUCAACAAAUAGCAUUUCAAACUCCAUGUUCUGUUCCGGUUUCAGUUCAACAUCAACAACAUCUCAACCAACAUCUCAAUCAACAGCAACAACCCUUUCGACAAAACAACUUCCAGAACCAUUUUCAAAACAAAAAUUUUUCAUUCCCAUCGACACUGCAGUCUGGAAACUUUCAGUGGCAGGACCAACAACCUCAGCCAGCCUCUCGGAAACCACAGCAAAUCGCCAAACAUCUCUUCUUCCAACAAUCCCAGCCUAUGCCCUUCUCACAAACGCAACAAAGAAAAUUUUUGUUGGCCAUAUAUAGGUCAAAAUUCCUCUUGAAGUUGGAAACAGUAUCUGAUUCAACAACGCAGAUCACCAGUUUGCCUGCUGAUACCAGAAAAAGCCAAAUUUCUUCUUUCUUCGUCACAUCCACGGCCAACUGGCUUCCGCAGAAUGUUGGAUUCGCGAUGUCGCGAUGA